UACUCCAGUUUGAGAAUUGUUGGCCAAGGAAGUUGGUCAAAAUGUAUAAAUUUGUAUUUCUACUCGCCCUUUCCAUCGGUUUGGCUCUUGCCAAACACGAAGAGUAUGAUGGGUCCCUCGUAUAUCAAGUUAAAGUAAGCAAUGUGGAGCAGGCGCAACAAAUUUAUGCGUUAGAGAACAAAUUGGGCUUGGACAUGUGGUCGUACGCCGCGCCUUCUAGCCCAGGUUUGGUCCUCGUCCCCGGUCCAAUGCGCCAGCGAUUCCAAACUGAAGUUGCAGCCCUCGGGGCGCAGUAUGAACUUCAAAUUCAGAACGUAAAAGAAGCGAUCGAGUUGGAAGAGAAACUGUUGGCGACAGCAGCUUCCCGUAACAGCAGCAGGAGUGGUCGUCUUACUUUGGACAAGAUCCAUCGCUAUGCUGAGAUCAACGCCUACCUUGAUGAGCUGGCUGAGAAAUACGAAACAGUGACCGUUGAAUCCGCUGGCAAGAGUUUCGAAGGUCGUGAUAUCAGAUACCUGAAGAUUUCCACCUCAAAAUUCGAGGAUCUUAGCAAACCUGUUGUCGUGGUUCAGUCCAUGCUUCACGCUCGUGAAUGGGUAACUUUACCAGCUGCUCUCUACGCUAUUGAGAAAUUGGUUGUCGAUAUCAGCGACAGGGAUUUGGUUGACAAAAUUGAUUGGAUCAUCAUACCUAUUGCCAACCCCGACGGAUAUGAAUUCAGUCACACCAACACCCGUUUCUGGAGGAAGAACCGCUCUACCGGCCACAUCAUCGGUAACCUGUGCCAGGGUGUUGACCUUAACCGUAACUUCGACAUCAACUUUGGAUCAUUAUCCAGCAGCAACCCUUGCUCCGAGACCUUCCACGGACCUGGACCUUUCUCUGAACCCGAGAGCUUGGCUAUCCGUAACAUCGUCCUCGGCAACAUGAACCGUAUCGAGCUGUACCUUGAUAUCCACAGCUUCGGCAGCUUGAUCCUUUAUGGAUACGGCAACGGCGACCUACCCGCUAAUGCUCUUACUCUCAACGUAGUCGGCGUAAGAAUGGCACAGGCUAUCGAUGCUGUAAAAUGGGAAUCCAAACCCAACUACCGUGUUGGUAACGUUGCUCUGAUCUUGUACAGAGUAUCUGGUAGUGCUCCUGACUACGUCCAAGCUAUUGGUAUUCCUCUAGCCUACACAUACGAAUUGCCAGCUUACAGAAACCAAAACAACAGCCUGAACGGUUUCCUGGUAGACCCAGACUUCAUUGAGCAAGCCGGUGUUGAAACUUGGGAAGGCAUCAAAGCUGGAGCUAAAUGGGUGCUGCAAAACACCAGAAGGAAGUAAUUUCUUUUGAACUCUUCUCCAAUAAUCUUUAACAUUUAAUUUCUCUAUGUUAUUCCAUUAAAUUAUUGAUAUUAUCAAUAAUGUGUUAUGAUGUCUGUGAACUUAAAAUAUCGACCAAAAUUGUCAAGA